UCAAUUAUCUCUGAAGUUGCCUUAUCAAGAAGCUUUUAGUUAUCUCAUGUGGCACUUACUGGUUUAUCUUCAACCUUUUAGUAAUUCUUGAAUUGAGUUUUUAUACAUUAUUUUUAAUUAUAUUGAGAGCCUUAAUAGCAUACAGUACAGGUAUACAAAAUAAGGGGUAAAUAUUUUUUAUAAUGUAUAUAAUGGUAAUUAUAAAAAGGCAGGUGUAACGUGUUGAAUUUACUGAAUAUUGACAAAUUUAUGUCAGAUUUACUCUACAUUUGAAGUAAUGUAAUGUAUGAGAAAAUUGACCACUUUAUGUGAGAAGCUUUACACCAUAUCUGAAGGGUAAUACUACAUGUAAAAGACUGCAGGAAACAUUGAGACUUGAGCCGAAGUAAAGUACAGUACUAUGUAGAAAACUGCAGAGUGAUGGAUCACAAUAUGCACCCAGGGUUGCACUUCAAGGAUACAAUCCAUCUGUUUGUUCAUGAUUCUGAUAUAUGUGGAGGAUCACAGCACAAUGGGGAACUUGAUGAGUCAAGUCACAUCAUCACAAACUUACAAUGUACAACCCUGUACAGAUGCUACACCUGUUGUUCAGUCCCCCACAACUGUUCACUAUUCAGGCCUCCUCUCUCGGGUAUCUACAGCAGAUGGGACCCAACAGACAGUGAGCAGUGCUAUAGGUGAUGGGACCCAACAGACAGUGAGCAGUGCUACAGGUGAUGGGACCCAACAGACAGUGAGCAGUGCUACAGGUGAUGGGACCCAACAGACAGUGAUCAUUACUACAGGUGGUGAGACUCAACAGAUAGUGAGCAGUGCUACAGGUGAUGGGACCCAAGAGACAGUGAGCAGUGCUACAGGUGAUGAGACUCAAGAGACAGUGAGCAGUGCUACAGGUGGUGAGACUCAAGAGACAGUGAGCAGUGCUACAGGUGAUGGGACCCAACAGACAGUGAUCAUUGCUACAGGUGGUGGGACUCAACAGACAGCCAGCAGUGUUCCAGGUGGUUGGGUUUCCUCUUCUCAGAUGGAUGGUGUUCCUCUAACAACGCAGGAUGAAAAUGUACUCAAGUACUUUGUCAUGCUACGAAGGACAGGACCUACUGCUACUGUUCUGGCAAAGGUGUGUCGAGAGUUGUAUGGCGGUGGGCAGCAGAGCGUGAAGGAGUACUACACAAAUGAUUUAGGCUUCUCCAAUGCACAGUACCGCAAGGCCUUUGCCACUCACGAAAGAGAUGCUAUUGAGGCUGGCAUAGAGUGGGAGCAGCUGGAUAUAACCUAUCUGUACAAGUUGUUACAGCGAGUGUGUGGUCUAGCGUCUCCUUCUGAUGAUAGAUGGUCUAAUCCAAAGCCUAAGGACAGAGAUGGACUGGAAUAUAUCCUUUUUACUAUCAAAGGAGAAAGAAAUUUCCUGGCCCAUGAGGUGGUUGCCUUAAGUGAUGUUGAACUGAAAACAAGGUCAGAGAAGUUAAAAGUAUUGUUAGAAAAAGUCCUUGAAAAGACAGAAUUAAUUACUGGAGGGGAUUAUGCACAGUACAUUAUUGAAAUGAAGGCAGCAAUUGAUGAUACUUACAAAUGUAAGCCAAAAUAUUCUCUUCAAAGUUAUCAAAGGGAACUAAAAGAAUUUCUUCAUGACCUUGUCAACAAAGUGAUUAUAAAAUCCCAAACUGAGCUUCACCAGAUUUAUCAAAGGUUAUGGCAGGAGGACCGCAUAUGGCUGCACUUUGGUUUUGGCUCUCACAGCCCACAGCUGGAAGAAGUUUUCACAAACAUUACAAUAUUAACUAAGAAUAACUGUGUAGUGCCAGUUCUGCAGAUCUUGGAUUAUGAGUUGCCUAAUGGUUCCCUCCCAAAGUUGAUAGUUCUUGAAGGUGUUGCUGGUGUGGGGAAGAGCCAUAUCUGCAAAUACAUACUUAACUGUUGGGCUUCCAAGAACAGUAAUUUGAUGGCCAUUAAGAACACUGAUAUCAUGAUUUUUAUUCAAUGCCACUCAGUGACCUCCAGUUCUCUGACUGAGUUCCUUGGUGAAGAAAUACUGAAAGAAACAUGCAAGGAGUUAAAAUAUGAAGAUAUCAUUCCUACCCUAAGGGAAUGUCAUGUUAUAUUCAUCAUAGAUGGGUUAGAUGAAGCUGGGAAGCAUGCAAGAUCCUUAGUACGGGCAAUUAGUACAAAGUUCCCUGCUAGUCGGGUAGUUGUAACAUGCAGGCCAGAAUUCACUGAAGAAGCUAAAUGCUUGAUUUCACCCAGUAGCAACAGUUUAAAUGUUUUCUAUGUGAAAGGUUUCAAUGAGACUCAGCAAAUAGAAUAUAUUGAAAAACUGUUGACUGUGUUGGAGGGUAACGCCCAUAAACGUGAAAAUAUGAUCCAGAAGUUAACAGAUCACUUAAAAUUAUUGGAUCAAGAGAUAUACCACUUUUUAAACUUACCACUAACAGUGAUGUUACUAACACUGCUGUGGCUGCAGGACAGUACCUCUUUUACAGGGGCUGUUACAGUCACUUACAUUCUAAGGCAGUCAGUCAAUCUGAGCAUCAAGCGUCUUGCCCAGCGCUUGCUACAAAAAGCUGAAGAAAUGAGACACAUAAUGCUGGUAGAACAGGCUUGUCAGCAAUGGCUUCUCUGUCUGGCUAAAGUUGCAUGGGAGUCUCUUUUAUGCAAUACUCAAAUCCUCUAUGAUGAAAGUUGGACUUCAUACCUUUUACAGGAGGCUCAACACUUCAAUAUAGACCCCAUCGAUGCUAUGUCCUCCUUCUUGAAGUGCACAACACAUGAAAUUCAAUUUGGAACUCAAUACACAUGGGAGUUUCCUCACAGAGCUUAUCAAGAGUAUCUCUCUGCUCUCCACCUUAGUGAGGUUAAAAAGAAUAGCGCUUUAGAUGAAAUUAUGAAAGAGCCAAAGAAAUUUAAAAAAGCUGUUAAUAGGGCAAUGUUUCCAAGAUCAAUUAGUAAAGGGAAUCAGAACCUGCUUUUGGGCUCUAGUUCUAUUACUCAUCCUUUUUUCAAGUCUUCUCUUCCUCCUCCUCCUCCUCCUCAUCUUGCUUCUCCAACUCUUCAUUUUCCUCCUCCUCCUCCUCCUCAUCUUGCUUCUCCAACUCUUCAUUUUCCUCCUCGUCCUCCUUGUCUUCCUCGCCGUCCUAUUCGUCGUAGCCGUAAGUCUCUUUGUCAGUUUGAUUGUUGUCGUUCACUCUGUUUGGACGAGUCAAAUGAAGAUGAAUACAGAUUUGAAGAUAGUAGGGAAGUUGACUUUAUGUUUGAUGCUGCACUGAAUUCAUCAACUGAGGAAAUUUCCUAUGAUGAUCUAAUAAGAGGUGCAAGUGAUGAUAGAUCCAGGUUUAGGUCUGCAGGGUCAGAGGAUAAUAGAUGCAGGUCAAUGUCAAGGUCUGCAGAGGCAAAUGAUGAUAGAUCCAGGUCAGGGUCAGAGGAUGAUAGAUCCAGGUCAGGGUCAGAGGAUGAUAGAUCCAGGUCAAUGUCAAGGUCUGCAGGGUCAGAAGAUGAUAAAAUCUAUGAAAAUAUAUAUGUUUCAGGCCUUAACGAAACUUUUGACAAUGCAAAGACAAUGAACCAAACACUUCGAUUCUUAGUUGCUAUUGAGGUUUCUAAAAAAGAACCUGAUAAAAAGAAAAUAGAAUCAAUUAUGGAAAACAUUAAUCAGAAUUAUAUAUAUAACAGGUGGGUUUUUUGGUCAAACUUUAUAAAAGAUUGUGCAGAAAGUGAAGUCAUAAGCCAUUUAGUACUGCCUUACCUUGAGAAACAUAGAGCAAUCAGAUUAUAUGGAAUGUUUACAAGAAUAUCUCAAGAUCUUUCAGCUAUUAAGUAUCUUAUGCAGAAAACAAGAUUUACACCCAAGUCACUUGAUUUGUUCUUUGACUUUAACGACCCAUUUCCCGACGUGUUAACACCUCUCUUGACCACCUUGGGGAGGCUGUCGGUUUUUACAAAAAUUCGGUGUUUCAUCCCUCAAUGUUUGGAUUUAUACCAUUGCCUAUUUCAACAAGAGUCUCUAGACUAUAUAAUGGUAAUUGUUUGUGGCAGCAAUUUUGUUGAGUUGAGUAGCUUUACACAGUUGCUAUACUACCUUCAAGAAAGAGAUUGUCAACUAAGAUUGGAUUUGAUAGUGAAUGACUUUCAGAAUAUUGUAAACCUUGCAGAAGGUAUCGCUAAUACAAAGAUUCCUGUGAAUACUCAGCUCCGUCUUUAUUUUAACUGCUUGACGUCCAUGAUGCGUGGGCCUCUACGUCAGAUAUUUGAGUCCUUCCCCUGGCAGAAACCCCUGUCCAUUGCCUUCUCCCACACUGAUCUUUAUGAGCAGGCUGGUGACAUGCAGAAGCUUAUCUCUCUUGCUGUAUUGGAUGCCCGAAUUAGAAUCAUGCACACCUCCCUUGAGAUUGAAGCACAUGCAGAGUUAUCUGCAGAUUAUUAUGAGAAAUUGGGCCACAUCAUAGCUGGAGGUGCACCACUGAGCAUCGUUCACUCCGAUGCAGAUGGAGAUGAUAUCACAGUGACUUUACAAUGCACCAGGUAUGAUGACUCAGACUAGUACUGACUGACCAGAGCUUCUAGGAAGAUUUGCUGUACUUGGAGAUAAAGUUAUGCUAAUCUUGUGUCUUGCCAAGAGUGACUAAAACAUGUGCCAAGUGUGACCACAGAAUUGAAAUUUUGUUGAAGGGUUGGACAAGUUAUACCAUUCUUUUUUAUCUUAGUUCAUCAUGUCAGAACAUUAAAGAAGAUGGGUCAUAAAUAUCAAUGGUUACAUUAAGUUUGGGUGGAGCUUACUAGGAUUGUGGCCCAGUUGAUCCACAAUCACAUCCUGAGAGUAUGUCUGUUGUACUGUCUUAUGUUAAGCCCAGUUCCGUGCUACAAAUUUUAUGGGUUGGAAUACUGUAGAAUAUUGAUGGUGUUUCUGAUCAAGCUAAUAUCAAGAAAACUUUUGAGUGUUUAUCAUUAGUAAAAUGUUUUAAGCAAAUUAUUUCAGUGUAACAUAACUACAUAUUAGAAAUGUAAAUAAAUUGUGUACGUCA